AACGAAACCAGGCAGCUGCAGCGAGGCCAGGCGGCGGGCCGGCAGACUCCUGGCACACCUGCGCCCCUCGACCCCUGAGCUCACCGGGCACCAUGAGCGGCCGAGUCGGGGACCUGAGCCCUCAGCAGCAGGAGGCGCUGGCCAGGCUCCUCCCUGCUGACCUUUGCCUGGGGCUGUUUCCACAAAGACUCCACUACCCAGAGCUCUGGGCAAUCCACGUUUUGCAGAAUGCCCACAUUUUUCUGGCACCGGCUACAAGCCAGGACUGCCGCUAAGUGCUUUGCCUGUACACACUCCUACGAUUGGCACAAGUUCAUCUUUAUCCCACUUCACAGAUCAAGAAACUGAGGCUCAGAAUGGUUAAGUAACUUGCUUCCAGAUCUAGACCCUCAAGUUCCGAGACAACCUCCAGGACCUGCUGCCCACCCUGCCCAAUGCUGAUGAGUACUUUUUCCUGCGCUGGCUCCGAGCUCGGAACUUUGACCUGCAGAAAUCUGAGGACAUGCUCCGGAAGACCUGGAUCCCCCACAGCCCUCUUCCUGGCAUUGCCAUCUCCAGUUCUAGCACAUGGAGUUCAGAAAGCAACAGGACCUGGACAACAUCCUUUCGUGGAAGCCCUCAGAGGUGAUCCAACUGUACGACUCUGGUGGUCUGAGCGGCUAUGACUACGAAGGCUGCCCCGUGUGGUUCGACAUCAUUGGGACCCUUGAUCCCAAAGGUCUUCUCCUGUCAGCCUCCAAGCAGGAGCUUAUCCGGAAGCGCAUCAGGGUCUGUGAGCUGCUUUUGCGGGAGUGUGAGCUGCAGAGUCAGAAGUUGGGCAGGAAGAUUGAGACAGUGCUGAUGGUGUUUGACAUGGAGGGGCUCAGCCUGAAACACCUGUGGAAACCAGCUGUCGAGGUCUACCAGCAGUUUUUUGCCAUCCUGGAAGCAAAUUAUCCUGAGACGAUAAAGAAUUUAAUUGUCAUUCGUGCCCCCAAGCUGUUCCCGGUGGCCUUCAACUUGGUCAAAUUUUUCAUGAGUGAGGAAACGCAAAGGAAGAUAGUGAUUCUGGGAGGCAACUGGAAGCAGGAGCUGCCAAAGUUCAUCAGCCCCGACCAGCUGCCCGUGGAGUUUGGGGGGACCAUGACUGACCCUGAUGGAAACCCCAAGUGCCUGACCAAGAUCAAAUAUGGGGGUGAUGUGCCCAAGAGCUACUACCUGCGUAACCAGGUGAAGACACAAUAUGAGCACACGGUGACAGUGGCCAGAGGCUCCUUCAUGCAGGUGGAGAACGAAAUCCUGUUCCCAGGCUGUGUGCUCAGGUGGCAGUUCGCAUCAGAAGGGGCAGACAUUGGCUUUGGGGUUUUCCUGAAGACCAAGAUGAGUGAACAGAAGCAGGCAGGGGACAUGGUGGAGGUGUUGCCCAUCCAACGCUGCAAAGCCCAUGUGGUCCCUGAGGACGGGAGCCUCACCUGCCUCAAGGCUGGCGUCUAUAUCCUGCGCUUUGACAACACCUAUAGCCUGAUGCACGCCAAGAAGGUCAGCUACACCGUGGAGGUGCUGCUCCCAGACAAGGCCUCCGAGGAGAAGCUUCAGAGUCUCUAGGCGAGGAGACCAUCCCCAGCGCAGUGAAGACCCUGGCUGCCUCUGUGCCUGUGCUUUUCAACCCCUUAGCUCUCCCUCCCUGUGCCCUGCCCUCCCAGGCACAGAGGCAGAGCAGGAAGGGGACACCCAGUCCGUCGGCCACACUGAGGAUUCAGACAGGCUCCUGAUCCCCUGUUUUUGGAGACCAAGGACACUUGUCCCGGGACUCACCAACACCUAGCAAUCUGGCCUGGGAGCAUGUGCCUGUGCCCCGGGCCAUACAGGGAGAGCAAAGCAUCAAGUCUGAAAGAGCAAGGAUGCCCCUGUCUCUGUACCUGGGACUCGGUGGAUGGGGAUAGGGGCAGCUGGAGGUGGCCUGGUGAAAGGAUGGAGCCAGCUAAGUGAUAAAGUGGAAGUGGAGGGUCUUGGUUGUGGGAGGGCACCAAGGCCCUUUAGACUUGCCCUCCUGCCUUUGGAGGGAAUAUCAGGAAUGGAGCAUGAGGCCCAGCAGGGAUAAUCAUGGCCAGGACAAGCCAUGCUCGGUCACCCAGAGCUAGAUGGGUGAAGACUAAGUCUAUCAGAAUUCUCAGUGACCCUGGCCUCCCUCUCACCACCUGCCAUGAUCCAGCUGAUAUUCAGCUUGGGUUCUUUUUGGCUCUGAGGAAGGACCAGGACCAUAGCAGAGCUGGAGGGCCAUGGAACAUGCUGGAAUAAAGUAGAAUGUGCUGAGUUAGA